AUGACGAAGGAUCAUGGGGAAGAGGGGGGUCACCAUUCUUCUAACACUCCAUUAACGCCCGCCUUGGAGGUGCCAACGGUAGAACCUCCUGUUCUGGCCCUUCAGGGACGCCGCAUUGGCAACAGAGGCGAUGAAACACCCCCUGAACCCGAUGAGGAAAUCCGUCGGUUGGCAUCCAUGAUCACUAGACAGGCCUCCCGUGGCUUUACAGGAGAGACCUGGUACGACUUUGACUUACCACUGAACAGGACGGAUCCCGUGGUGAUUCUUCACUUCAAUGAUGUGUACAACAUCGAUAGCCGGGAAGACGGAUCGGGUGGUGUGGCGCGAUUUGUAACCGCCAUGCAGCGUUUCAGUCAUCUGCACCCAUUGGUCUUCUUCUCAGGAGAUGCCUUCAAUCCUUCUCUGAUGAGCACUUACAUGAAGGGUCGGCAGAUGGUGCCGUUCCUCAACCUUCUAAAAGUGCAUACCGCGUGUCUGGGAAAUCAUGAUUUUGAUUUCGGGAUAGAUGAAUUAGAGUACACUAUUGGAUCGUGCAACUUUCCCUGGCUGCUCACAAAUGUUUUUGAGCGGUCCAGCUCGGAUGAUCAGAAAAAGCUAGACAAGUACAUGCAGAGUAAACGAGUGUCACCAACACAAUUAGGCUCAGGAGCUAUACAGGCACCUUAUGAGAAGAGACAGACUGAGGAGCAAGAAGGAGAAGAAGGCGAUUAUUCCGACGACUAUUUCGGGUUGCCAGGAGAGCCCAUUGCCAAUGCCUGGAAGUACCGACUCUUCGAGUGGCAGGGCAUCCGCAUCGGGGUAAUCGGACUCGUGGAACGGGAAUGGCUGGAUACCCUGGCGUGCAUUAGUGCGGAGGACGUGGUGUACGUGGACUACGUUGUGGCUGCCAACAGAAUGUGCCGCUUCUUGCGGGCAAAAGAAUGCGAGCUUAUCAUUGCAUUGACACAUAUGAGGGCUCCUAAUGAUCAGCGGCUGGCUGAGAUGGCACCAGACAUUGAUAUCAUCUUGGGAGGACACGAUCAUGACUAUUACGGAUUGCAAGUCAUCGGGGGUACGCCCGUGGUGAAGAGUGGCACCGAUUUCUUCGACUUCACAGCUAUUGCAAUAUUUCCAGGGGACUCCUCACCCCAGCCUAAUCUCCUUGCAACAGCACUAAUCGAUGACUCUGGCCAGCGCGUUGGUGCUGCAGCAAUAGCUGCUGCUGCGAUUGCUGCGGCCCCGAGAGUCUUGGACGCCCCAGCAGACGUGUCUCCCAACUCCACAGCCUCAGCCAUUGCUGCCGCAGUGGCGGUAGCAGAACAAGCAGCGAACGCGCCACAGCACGAAGAAUUAAGUCCUAGCGAGCUGGCUUCGCAACUGCUGCAUGCACGAGGAAGAAUUAUUCCUGAUACUCGACAGGGGCAGGGGAAUCGGGAAGACAGGCCACUGUUGCUCAAGCCCGUAUAUCCUGCACAGUCACAGAGCGUAUUGCGGCCCUCUGACUGUCGGGGUGGCAGCGUGGUUAUACCUAAGCUGCUGGGAAAGUCGUUGGUGCAGUGGGAACGCGUAAGCGUAAAUGCUGCAAGCUUUGCAAAGAAUAAACACGUGGAGCUGCUUGUGAAGAAAUAUGAAAGACAUCUAAAACAGCAAAUGAGACGGAAACUGGCCACGUUGGGUGCUGAUCUGGAGACAAGGUUUAGGAUAAUCAGAACCCAAGAAAGCAAUUGCGGGAAUUGGCUGUGCGAGCUGAUGCGCACAGAGUGCAAAAGUGACAUCGCGUUCAUUAACUCGGGUACGAUUCGCUCUGAUUGUGUCUUCAAGAAGGGGGACUUCCGCUACGGGGAUCUCGCGGCGAUGCUACCAAUGCCUGAUGAAUUAGUGGUAGUUGAGUGCACAGGCGCUAUCAUUUUGGCUGUCCUAGAAAAUUCAGUGUCUCAGGUGCCUAAAACAGAGGGUCGCUUCCUGCAAGUCGCAGGGCUUCGUUUUGAAUUUGAUAGCAGCAAACCUCCUGGCAGUCGUAUUAUAAGGGAGACCGUACAGGUGGCACCAAGGAGCAUUAAUCUUCAGGCAAAUGACGGGGGUCCAACCCCAGCGCAUGACGACAGUCCAACAAAAUUUGAGCCAUUACAAGAAAAUGCUCGAUAUACGGUCGUGACCAAAUCCUACGUCCUUCAGGGCCGUGACGGAUUCACAAUGAUGCCAAGCUGCCCUAUUCUUGUGGAAGGGGAGCUCCUGCCGCCUCUGCCAACACUCGUGCGGAACGCAUUGGCGCUCACGGCAAUGGCUAAUGGCCUCAAGAAACCGCACUCCCGUGCGGUGUCUCGGCAGCUCUCCUUCUUCACAAACCUAAAAAGUGACCAGAUGCUCUCCACUUUCGGAUGUAAAAAGGACGUAUACGGAGUUGUUUUAGCACCAAAGUGCGACGGAAGAAUUAUAGAUCGAAACAGUGAUCUUAAAUAG